ACGUCAUUAACGUCAUAAUUUACGUCUUGAGCCGCGCAUGGUGAAUGGGUUUUCUCGCUCAAUAAAUUAUUUGUUUCUGCAAAGGGUCUCGAAUUGACCAGAUUUUGCUUCUAAUAUCAAGUUGAAGCUUUUAUCACGAAGUUCUUCAGACUUUUUGCGACAAUGGUGCAGAAAGGGCCUCGUCCUUUGGUGCUGUGUGGUCCUUCAGGGUCAGGCAAGAGUACAUUACUGAAACGUCUGCUCAAGGAGUUUCCAGAUAAGUUUGGAUUUAGUGUGUCACACACAACGAGAAACCCACGACCGGGUGAGAAAGAUGGAGUUCACUAUCACUUCACUAACAAAAAUGACAUGAUUGCUGCGGUGGAAAGGGGCGAGUUUAUUGAGACCGCGACUUUCAGCGGGAAUAUGUAUGGGACAAGCAAACGAGCUGUUGAUGACGUUCGCCGCACCGGCAAGAUUUGCGUGCUGGACAUCGAAAUUGAGGGUGUGAAGCAGGUCAAGCAAACAGAUCUCGAUCCACUGCUAGUGUUUGUGAUGCCGCCUUCAAUUGAAGAGCUGGAAAGACGUUUACGAGCUCGUAACACUGAAAAUGAGGAAACAUUGAGGAAACGCUUGGAUACUGCUAUCAGAGAAAUUGAAUUUGGCAAGCUACCAAACAAUUUUCACAUCAUAAUAAUGAAUGACAAUUUGGACAAGGCAUAUUCAGAUCUGCGCGAGUUUAUUGCCCAGAAUACUCAGGACAAAGAAGAAGCUCUACGUGGCCUGUAAGGAGAUUGAAGAAGUUACUUGUUUAGUAUAAGAUUAACUGCCUAUUUAUUAUAUUUGUGGCUUAUUUUCGUGAAUAAUCCAACCAAAUCAUCUUCAUUUCGAUGUUGAGUUCUAAAACCAUUCCAUAAAGAAUUAGCAACUGUGCGAAUACUAACGUUUUAUUAUGUACUAUGUUAUGUACCUUUUGUGAUUUUGCAUAUUUUUGUAAAGGUAUUUCAAGUAACAAUGAAUUGUUAUUAAACCAAUUUACUUAUGUAGUGUAUUUACGUAUAACGUGAUGACAUCAAUAAAGUAAUAAAAUAUAGAAA